AUGCCCGGCGAAGCCUGCUGGCCUUGUAGAGAGCGAAAGCUCAAAUGCAAUGCCGCCGCCUCCGGCGUACCCUGCGCAAGAUGCAAAGACACCAAUCGAGUGGCAGACUGUUCAGCGCCACCCAGACAAAAGCGCAAGAUCAACAGGCACAAACGUGUCCGCCUCGACGACGUAGCCUUGGACGAUGCUGGGCCUGCGGAACCAUCAAUUCCCUCAACGUUGGUCACUGCAGAGGGAGAUCAGGACCGCGACAUGCUCAGCAGCAGCGCCCAAUGGACCACUCCAACGGGCUCGGAGAUCUAUCAUGAACCUGCCGCACGCAUGGACGGUACCAUGUUCGGCCUGCAGGCACAAAUAGACACUUCGACCAUACAUCACAGUCAACCAGUACCGCCACAUCCCACUACUAAUCACAGCGCUUUCCUCAUUGGGACUCCACUGUCCGAGCAAGACGACGAUAGUAUCCUGGCACAAGUCUGCCAGAACAUGACUGCUCCUGACGGCGCCAAUGCUCGUGGCGCCAUUGCCGAGAGAACCUGGGCGGGCGCCGUCGAAUAUCAGAACAAUUUGAACCCCACCGGCAUACUGGGCGAGAUUCUCGGUCGUCCCGAGUCCAGCAGACUGUUUAUGGUCACUCGUGGAGCUAAAGGUGAAUCGCAGAAGACACGGCGGGAGGUCGAGCUUCACGGGCUUGAUGAGCAUGACAUCGCCUAUCUGUCCGCCAAAGGUGCUUUCCGUUUACCAGCAGCGGGCGUCUGCGAGGAGCUGUUCAGUGUUUACUUCCGUUACGUCUAUCCGUACGCCCCAGUCCUAAACCGUAAGGACUUUCUGAGUCAGUACAGUCGAGGGGAACAUUCUGCCUUCCUCAUCCAAGCUUUACUCGCCAAUGUGACGCCGUACGUGAGUAAGUAUCUCAUCAGUCGCGCAGGUUUCGUGGAUCAUGCUACCGCCCAAAAGACCUUUUAUCGCCGCGCUACGCUACUAUACGACUUUAACUGCGAGAAGAGCCAGCUUGUGCUGCUUCAAGGGUCACUGCUGCUCGGCACGCUGUGGGUUUCCUACUUCAGCGAUAAGGACUACUCGUUCUGGAUGUGCAAUUCCAUUCGGAUCGCCGCGAGAAUGGGACUGCAUAAGAAGCGUAUUGCGGGUGAUCUCGAUCCACGACUGUACAUGUUGCUCAAGCGAAUAUGGUGGACAAUAUAUAUCCGAGAAGUUGUUACGAGCAUUUCUGGGCUCGAUAAUGGUCGCCCAGCUUGUCCAAAAGAGUGCGAUACUUUAGAUCUCACGGAGGAAGAUUGGCCCGAUGAUAUUGAAGGCUGCCCAGCGCAGCUUGUUGGACUGUUGCCGGCCGUUCAGCCGCAUCACAAGCAGUUCUUCAUUGAACUCUCAAGUCUGGCGAAAAUAGGCAUGACCGCAAACAACUGUAUUCUUUCGUGCUCUACAUCGGAGAUCGACAAAGCUUGUGCUGAAGGCAUCAUCGAAGCCAUCUACGAAUGGCGUCUCGCUUUACCACGCGUACUUCGAAUCGAGUCGGUCCGUGACUGGAAGAAUGAAGGACUCUGGGUCUUGGUUCUAAUGUGCUGGUGCUACCGCCUUGAAUGCAUGGUCUACCGGGCCCUACGUAAGCUGUACAGCGUCGGAGACGGCGAUUACGAAAGCACCACCGAAGCACUGCACAGAGCAAUAUUCGAGCUCGACGCGAUAGUGCGCCGGGCGGUCACACACUGUGUCGGCCAGUUGCUGCCGAUGUCGUUCUCAACCGCGGUUGCGACGCUCAUCACGCUGUGCGUCGAAAUGUUGAUCCAGCCUGAUCUGAAGCGAAGUGACAAGCUUAUGUGCGAGGAAGCUGUGCGCACAAGCAUUGCAUUGCUCGGGGCCUCGCAGGAAACUUGGCCCUGUCUACGAUGGAUGCUGAGGAUGUUCGAUUGGGCUCUGGCUCAAGCUGGACUCUCGUUCGAUUCGGGCAUCGAGCAGUUUAGUUUACAGAACGACGGCGCAAUUACACUAUCCGACGGCGUCCCCACUCGAGGCUCGGCGUCAGCUAUGUUUGGUGAAGCGCCUGGCCUGGCUCCCGGGAUGCUGAAUUUGGGUCCAUGGACUGGAUAUCCUUUGAGGACCUGA